AUGAACGCCACAGCCCUUUGCGCCCGCUCCUCCGCCGGCGUGCAGCUGCAGCAGAAUGCCACGAGCGCCACAGCCCUUUCCGCCCGCUCCUUCGCCGGCGUGCAGCUCCAGCAGGAUGCCAGGAGCCUCCGUGUGAACAAGCGGGCCGUGUGCAGCGCUGCGUCAAAGAAGAUGAACAGCUACGAUGAGAACUGGGACAAGGGCGAUUGCUGCGCCCUGGGCUACGCCGCCUUCCCGCCGCCGCCGCCGGUGAUGCCGAUGUUACUUGCCUGCUUUGGCUUUGGCACCAUUGGUCUCUUUGCGGAGGACCGUGAGAAGUCUUCUGUCAACAUCUUCAAGCAGGUGGAGAAGAAGAAGCUGCUGUCCACGGUGGAGAAGGCGGGGCUGCUGACCGCUGCGGAGAAGGCGGGCCUGUCGCUGGGCAAAAUUGAGAAGCUGGGCCUGCUGUCCACCGCGGAGCGCCUGGGCCUGCUCACGCUGGCCGAGGACCUGCUGACCACCGACCCCGGCAAGAUCAGCUCCGCCUCCCUGCCCUGCUUUGUGGCCGCCAUUGCCGCCCUGGUGUUCAUCCCACAGGACAACGCACUGGAGAGCGUCCUGGCCUACACGCUGUCGCUCGGCGCCGGUGGCCUUGGCGCCGUGCUCUUCAUCGGCGGCUUCUUGGUGAAGGGCCUCCAGGACGAGUGA